AUGGAAUCGACGCACCAAUCCGAUCUCAUCUUACCACACGAUGCCCCCACUGCACAAGACCCAGUUUACGGCACAGCACAAGUUGUUGAGGGGCCGCCAGCUUUUUGGGCCAACAGGGCCAUGGCGUGCAUGUGGCCCCGUGCCGAGAACUCGACCAAGAAGCCAUCAAGCCUCAUAUACCGUCUCCACAAGAUGAAGUUGAGAAGAGAGCCAAUAUUGCGGUUAGGGGGCGAUCAGCACAUCUUGAAUGGGGUACAGUUUGGUUAUCAGGUGGGAUACCUUCUAGCAAAUGCCGAAGCUCUACUGGCACACGCCGCUGGAAAGAAGACAAAGUCCAGCCAUGUCAUAUCCUGCGUCCUGGUGCCGGGUCAUAAGCACUGUACAAACUGCCACUGGCUUGGGCAAAAGUCCCGAUACAGGUUUUUGAAAAGCCCGCGAACCGUUGAAACGACACCAAGGAAAAAGCUGAAGGCACUGCGAUGGGUCAUCAAGACCAUGAAGAAGGAGCGGAAAUCUUUGAAGGCCAGCAUCAAGAGCCUGGAACGUGAGGAGGAUGAAUUGACCCACAAGAUGAAGAAGGCAGGGCAAUUUCCAGUUGCGUAUCUAUUUGCAAACCGAUAG